UGGAUCCACAGGGACCACGAUGCGAAAGCUCCGCUGGGAUCGGCGCCAUGAUGGCUUUAGAGUUAGGUCGUUUGACCGCGCACGCGCGUGCCUCGCAAUUUCAGCAGGCAGAUGGCUGGGUGAAGGACACGGUGCAGUUCUUCUUCAACGGCUGCAAGACGGAGGCGCAGAAGGGCCUGGACAGCUUCACCUUGCGCUCGCUUCCGAUCCCUGAGAUUGGGCCCUGCAUCAGUGUGGAUCAGAUCGCGGACACCUUAAAGGCCAAACUGGACACUAUGGGUUUUGCCAGUUGUGAGGUCAAGCACUACUACGACUUCCAACAACAUGCAGUUCUGUGCACCUUGCAUGCUAGCUGGCAUGUAGUGGACACCCCAGCGCCGCCGCCGAGCACUGGGGGAUGCUCCAACACCUGUCCCAUCUGCCAGGAGAUACGACCGGUGGUGGUGCUUGUACCUUGUGGUCACACGCUUUGCAGCACCUGCCAAGGGAACUUGCAGUCGUGUCCGUUCUGCCGUUCCCCGAUCACGACGAGCACCAACGGCCUCUUCAUGGAUUGAGGCCAACGAAACGCAGCUCCAGUGGUCCAAAACCGUGC